AGGCCCCGCCCCCUCCAGGCCCCGCCCUCCCCCGAGCGUCUGGUGGGGGGAGGAGGAUGAGGGGGCGCCGCGGCGGCGCUUGUGGUGCGGCCGCGCUCGUCUGACCGGGCCCCGCGGUCCUCGCCGCUUUCUUCGUGCCACGCUCCGUACGUCCCGCGCCGCGCCGCGCCGCCGCCCGGGGCGGGGGAGUCGCGGAGAGUGGAUGCCUAGCGGGCACCCACGGGGCAGAGACCCGCGGACGCCAUGGGCUGCUGCAGCUCUGCCGCGCAGCCCACUGUCCUCUCUUGGCCAUAUCUUUAUCACGAGAUGGGUGUUUUCACAAGAAGGGUUCUUCAGUCUGGAUGCCUCUCUUUUGUCAUGGGUCUGCUGUGCAACAAAGCUUAAGUUUCUCCUUGAUUUUGAUGGAGAGUUCCAAGCGAGAGUGGAAGCCUCUGGAAGACCACAGCUGCACAGAUGUACCAUGGCUGCUCUUAUUCAUCCUCUUCUGCGUAGGAAUGGGUUUUAUCUGUGGCUUUUCAAUAGCUACAGGAGCAGCUGCAAGACUGCUUUCGGGAUAUGACAGUUACGGAAAUAUUUGUGGACAGAAAAAUGUCAAGGUGGAGGGAAUAGUCAACAGUGGUCUGGACCUCACACACAAGAAGUAUGUAUUCUUCUUGGAUCCAUGCAACAUUGACCUAGUACAUCAGAAGAUUAAGUCUAUUGCCUUGUGUGUAUCAGCUUGCCCAAGGAAAGAACUGAAAACUCUGGCUGAUAUACAGAAAUUUGCAGAAACUAAUGGAUCCACUCUGUGUAGCUAUGAACUACAGCCAUCAGAAUAUACAACAGACCCAAGGGCUGCCAAGUUAUGUCCUAAAUAUCCUGUUCCAGAGAGUGCACCUAUUCCAUUCUUCCAUCGCUGUGCUCCUGUGAACAUUUCCUGCUAUGCCAAGUUUGCAGAGGCCCUGAUCACCUUUGUCAGUGACAGUAGUGUCUUACACAGGCUGAUUAGUGGAGUUAUGACCAGCAAAGAGAUUAUAAUGGGACUUUGCUUGUUGUCACUAGUGUUGUCCAUGAUUUUGAUGGUUAUAAUAAGGUACAUUUCAAGAGUACUUGUCUGGAUUUUAACAAUUCUUGUCAUUCUGGGAUCGCUUGGUGGUACUGGAGUCCUGUGGUGGCUCUAUGCUAAACAACGAAUGUCUGCUGGUGCUCUUGAGACCCAAAUAGCCAAAGACAAUCUUCAGGCUCUCUUGAUCUAUGCCAUUGCAGCUACAGUCUUCACGGUUAUCUUGUUCUUGAUCAUGUUAAUUAUGCGCAAAAGAGUAGCUCUCACCAUUGCCUUGUUCCACGUGGCUGGCAAGGUCUUCAUUCACCUGCCGCUGUUAGUCUUCCAGCCAUUUUGGACAUUUUUUGUGCUUAUCCUCUUCUGGACAUACUGGAUCACAGUCCUGCUUUUUCUUGGUACUACAGGUAGUCCUGUCCCAAAUGAGGAAGGAUUUGUUGAAUUUCGGAUGGCAGGUCCUUUGAAAUACAUGUGGUGGUACCAUGUAGUAGGACUCAUCUGGAUCAGCGAGUUUAUCCUAGCCUGUCAGCAGAUGACAGUAGCAGGAGCUGUUGUAACAUACUAUUUUACAAGGGAGAAAAGAAAUCUGCCAUUUACUCCUAUCCUGGCAUCUGUUAAUCGCCUCGUUUGUUACCACCUAGGAACAGUAGCAAAGGGAUCUUUCAUUAUCACACUAGUGAAGAUACCACGAAUGAUUCUUAUGUAUAUUCACACACAACUCAAAGGAAAGGAAAAUGCUUGUGCUCGCUGUAUGCUUAAAGCCUGCAUUUGCUGCCUUUGGUGUCUAGAAAAGUGCCUGACAUAUUUAAAUCAGAAUGCGUAUACAGCCACAGCUAUCAACAGCACCAAUUUCUGCACCUCAGCAAAGGAUGCCUUUGUUAUCCUAGUGGAAAACGCUUUGCGAGUGGCUGCCAUAAACACAGUUGGGGAUUUUAUGCUGUUUCUAGGAAAGGUCCUGAUUGUCUGCAGCACAGGUUUGGCUGGCAUUAUGUUACUGAAUUACCAACGAGAUUACACCAUCUGGGUGCUGCCACUCAUCAUUGUCUGCCUCUUUGCAUUCCUGGUUGCUCACUGCUUCCUUUCCAUUUAUGAAAUGGUUGUUGAUGUCCUUUUCUUAUGUUUUGCCAUCGAUACAAAAUACAAUGAUGGGAGCCCUGGCAGGGAAUUCUACAUGGAUAAAGUUCUCAUGGAGUUUGUGGAGAAUAGUAAGAAAUCUAUGAAAGAAGCUGGCCGGGGAGGUGGAGCUGAGGGCAGAGAGCUAAAACCAAUGACAUCAAAUUUUAGUGUCUCACAGUUUAAACAUCCUCAAGAACAGAAAAGAGAAGCUGUGUGGAUUCUGCAGUUCUGGCUUGCACCAGUAACUUCAGUGAAGGCAGGCAAAUGGACAAGAGCUUCCAGUCUCUGUGCUGCCUUUUAUAGGAUCAACCAACGGCCAUAUGGUUCUGCUGCUAUUUUAAACUGUGAUCCCCUUGCUUUGUCCCUAAUGCUAGCAACAAGACACAGAUGUGUUGCUACCGGCUUGCAUGUGCAUUCUACAUUUCCUCUGUCUGUGUAGGUGUAGUGCUUGGUAAACCAGGGGUUUGACUCCAAUAUAAAAUGGUGGAUAUAUAAAAAUUAUGGUGGAAUUUCAACUGCACUUGGCUCUGCCAGCCCACUUAUUUGCACUACAAGCAGAGUGGAGAGCAGAUAUGCACAAUCAAGUAUCUUUGACUGUGUCA